ACAAGACACCAUCCCCCAGUCCACUGUGGGUCUGAUGCAGAAGCUCAGUGCACUUUGAGAGGAAGACGCGUGACGGAGAGAGAGUGAGUUUGGGGAGAGUGUGGUGGGAGGGUGUGAGAGCCCUCCCCCCGCCAAAUGUCUAGAUGGAUUCACUCCUUCAUAACCCAACUCCUCUUCAGCCUUGCGCAGAUGACCAAAGUGUCCAGAGCAGCCAGAGAAGCAGCCACAGAGUGACAGGAUGAGAGCACAGUAGACGUUUCACUUCUCACCCACUCAUUUGUCUCAUUUAGUGAAAGCCGAAUCAGCCAAAAAUCAACCUCUGGCUCAAGAGCACUUGGCUGUAUGUGAAUGCCAGCGCACUCCACGCCUGCGCGGGUGAUGCCAUGCCGCGAAGUCACACCGGCGACGACAGCGGCGGCGGCACCGGGCUCUGGCUGAAGAGCUCCACGGGACGCCGGGCGCAGGAUUACGCACUGAAAGAUGUGGAGUCUGGGAAGAGGACGAUGAAUAACGCGGUGCGUGUGGGCGACGGGCUCCUGUCUCCCGGUGCGGCAGGUGCGGUGGGAGCGGAGAGGACGCAGGGCGCCCGGCUCAGCUUGCUGGGGAAGCCGCUGACCUACAGCGCGCAGAGCGGCCGCAGGAACGCGCGCUACCGGCGGCUCCAGAAUUACCUCUACAACGUGCUGGAGAGACCGCGGGAGUGGGCGUUCAUCUACCACGCUUUUGUGUUUAUCCUGGUGUUUGGAUGUCUGGUUCUCUCGGUGUUUUCCACCAUCCCUGCUCACCAAGAGUUCUCCUCACACUGUCUCCUUAUUCUGGAGUUUGUGAUGAUUGUAGUGUUUGGUCUUGAGUACAUCAUUAGGAUAUGGAGUGCUGGCUGCUGCUGCCGCUACCGAGGCUGGCAAGGACGCCUCCGCUUCGCCAGGAAACCAUUUUGUGUCAUAGACAUUAUUGUACUCAUCGCCUCGGUUGCUGUGGUUUCGGCCGGUAGUCAGGGUAACAUCUUUGCCACUUCUGCACUGCGUAGCCUUCGUUUUCUUCAGAUCCUGCGCAUGGUGCGCAUGGACCGCAGGGGAGGGACCUGGAAGCUCCUGGGAUCUGUAGUUUAUGCACACAGUAAGGAGCUGGUGACUGCUUGGUAUAUUGGCUUUCUGGUGCUGAUCUUCUCCUCCUUCCUGGUCUAUCUUGUGGAAAAGGAAUUCAAUAAGGACUUUGCCACUUAUGCUGAUGCACUGUGGUGGGGCACGAUCACCCUUACGACCAUCGGCUAUGGUGACAAGACCCCGCAGACGUGGACAGGACGCUUGUUAUCAGCCGGUUUUGCUCUGCUGGGAAUCUCCUUCUUUGCACUGCCAGCCGGUAUCCUUGGGUCAGGGUUUGCCCUGAAGGUACAGGAGCAGCAUCGACAGAAGCACUUUGAAAAGAGGAGGAACCCAGCUGCCAGCCUCAUCCAGUGUGUCUGGCGUAGUUAUGCUGCUGAUGAGAACUCGGUUUCCGUUGCUACCUGGAAGCCUCAUUUGAAGGCGUUGCAUACCUGCAGCCCCGCCAAGAAAGAGCAGGGCGAGACUACCUACAGUCAGAAAUUGAGUUUUAAGGAACGAGUGCGAAUGGCGAGUCCUCGUGGUCAGAGCAUGAAGAGCAGACAGACGUCCAUCAACGACCGCCAGCGCUGUUCCCCUGGCAACGAGGUGGUGGGAGGCACCGAGCUGAUGGGCGGCAGCCCGGUGAAAGUGCAGAAGAGCUGGAGCUUCAAUGAUCGCACACGUUUUAGGCCGUCGCUGAGGUUGAAGAGCCAGUCUCGCAAUGUGGUCCCAGAUGUGGACAGUGGCAUGACCACGGAGGAUUCCUUCGAUGAGCGGGGCUGCCAUUGCGAUGUUACAGUGGAAGAUCUAUCAGCUCCACUCAAGGCUGUCAUCAGAGCUGUCAGGAUCAUGAAGUUCCACGUGGCAAAGAAGAAGUUUAAGGAGACGCUGCGUCCCUACGAUGUCAAGGACGUGAUAGAGCAGUACUCUGCGGGACACUUGGACAUGCUCUGUCGGAUCAAAAGCCUUCAGACCAGGGUGGAUCAGAUCCUGGGAAAAGGCCAGAUUCCUGUGGAUAAGAAGAUGAGGGAUAAACUACAUGCAGAUGGAGACUCUCUGGAGGGCAUGAGCAUGCUGGGACGUGUUUGUAAGGUGGAGAGACAGGUGACUUCCAUCGAGUCAAAGUUGGACUCUUUGCUGGACGUCUAUCGCCAAGUUCUACAGAAAGGUCCCUCGACCCUCACCCUCUCCUCCCUGCCUCUGUUCGAGCUGGGCAGCCACCAGCACCACGGCUCCGACUACCAGACUUCCAUCAUCGGCAGGGAUCUUCCAUCUCCUCAGGGAGGGGAUCUGGUGGGAGGAGGAGGUGAUAGCAAUGGGGGCUUACGCCGUUCCCUUAACGCCAACCCGAGGGGCCUGCGUCUCAUCCUGGCACCCGCCGAUGAUGACAUUCCACCGGACUCAGCACCUCCAUCUUACCCCCCGUCCACAGCAUCCCUCUCUCCGUCACCCCUGCUCCCUCCUGAUAGCCCAUACCCCACCUUGGUCACGCCCAAUGGCACAUCCAAAAGAGCACACCUCCCUGACCUGCCGCCCCCUCCUCCGUCAGGUGGGGGUUUCACCCUCCAGCUGCCCCCAGUGGUUCACCCCUCCCAUCACCGUUGCUCUGCUCACUCCAUCACAGAUGAUUUGACAGAUGAAAUGACAGCAGAUAAAGAGAGCUUGGGUCCUUCUGUUGUUGUGGGAUCCAGUGUGGACCCUCACCACGAAGAGGACAGUGAGGCAGUUGCUGUACAGGGGGGGUUGCAGCUGCGGGAGAAAUCUGGCUUGAAAUCUGAGGGGGUGUGGAGGAAGCACAUGAGCCUGGAGAUGAACCCCCUGCUGCUGCUCACGUCUAGCCAAGAUGGGACCCCUGCAGAUUGGGAAGGCAGUCUGGGGAAAUCCAUCUCGCAUAAUCUCAACCAUCCUUUGACCAGCCAUGCCACUGGUCUGUCCUCUGCACUCAACAACAUCAGCAGCAGCAGCAGCAACGGUAGCAAACGUGGCAAUGACCUUAGCAACUGGGAUGGAACAGAAUUCUUCAUUAGCGGUUGCAAGCUAGAACCAGCGGGAGAACACUAUGACUUUCUGUCCCAGAGACCUGACAGCAGUCCAUCCAACCUUUUACAGACUGUGGAGGAGGCUGCACCUCACCCUCGGGGAAAUUCAGAUUUUCUCAAUCAGUCUCCACACAUACAACUGGCAUAACCACGCACAUUCACACUUACACACACACAUACACUCUUGCUUACGGUAUGUACACUCUUUUGAGAAGCAACCUUUACGGUAUUUUUUCAGGACAAUAAACACGUUUCAAAUUGUGCAAUUGAAUGCUGUGUACAUGGACAACGUUUUUAGAUUUUGUCAGACACGAAUCUGUCCACUUUCAUACAGAUUUUAUUCGGCAGAUACUUAUUUAUUUUUUUAUGGGUUUCUAAAAUUAACAUUUAGCCAAUAAGACAAUGAAAGUAUACAUAGAAUAUGUAUGUAAGUGGCCAAAUUCAUGGAAGACAAAAUACACAAACUUUCUUUAGGAGAAAUAGAUGGAGAAAAAACUUUAUAGAAUAAAGAUGUUUUUCAUAUUCAUGAUGUUAGUAGAUAAAAGGAAGACAUGUGCCAACUAGACAUCAGAUUCUACAUGAAAAUACUUUUCAAACUUAAGCUCUACAGGUUCUUUACUUUCAGUUUUAUUUUGGACCUGAACAGUUUUGUCUCAAAACUGAAAAAAGCAGGAGUUUAACUUUUUUUUUUUUUUCCUGAAUUGUGCCAACAUUGAUAAUUAAAGCAGUUAAUAUAAACAGUAGACAAUUCAGUCUCUAUAUUUGACAGGGAGAGUGUUGCACAUAAGAGAAGUGUAUCUGAAACUUGAAUAAGCCACUGCAAUUGAUGGGUCAACCACUCACCACGUGGUGAAACUACAUGAAGUUACAUCCACACACACACUCGCUCUUUCACGUAGACAAACACACACUCACACACAAAUACACAACCACCGAGUCCUCUCAGAAGAGCCAGCUUGACAAAGACUGAGGCUGACCAGUGACUUAUUUCUUACAAUUGCUUGUUUUCAGAGACUUUCUUGGACGAGAAGGAGAGUUCCAACUUAUUCAGUGUCUGUUUUUGGUAGUGUAAAAUGUCUUCUUUUAUGCUUUCAUACAUAUCACUGCAUGGGCUGUUGCCAACAAAAAACAACAAAUGAAUGGAAUGAGAAUAUUUUUUGAUGAGGUGAGGCCUGGUGUCAUGGGAAUAGCUUUAUUUUUAUUUUUAAAAAAAAAAGAAAAAAGAAAAGCUAAAGGUCAAUCUCUGAGCAUGUGUUCAUAUCCCAAGCAUCUCAUUCUGUUCAUCUUCAACCACUACAAAAAAAAAUGUACGUCAUUGUUGAAAUGUCAAAUGAAACAAAAGUGUUGGAACACGUCUCACUUGGUUUGGACGGUAGCUCAGAGAUUUAUUGCUACUGGUCUGGACGCUUUAUUUGCAGCAGGAUUUUCUCAGCUUAGCAUGAGAUGCUGCUUAUCGCAUGUGACAUACUGUUUUCUUCCAAACUGUUAACAAAAAAAGGGACAAACAAAGUUGGCUUGUGUGGAAAUGAUUUUGUCCUAAUUUGAUCGAAUUAGAUAGUGCCAGGUAUAUGGAUAGCCCACUUACUAUACAAUUUUAGGAUGCACAAGAUUAUUAUUUAAUAAUUCUUUUUGACAAACCCUAUCUUUUUAGCUGGGUGCUGGUUGCACCAUAUUCAUGGAUUGUGACUAAAAGUGCACUGUGUUACUUUUAAAUAUCAAAACAUUUGUUACACUCAGCUAUGGAACUAUCAAAUUAGUUCAGACGGUGCUUGAUGAAGUCUAUCAGCUUUACGUGACUUUCUUCUGUGUUUGGAUCGCGUGUCGCCUGGUGACAUCGCCGCGCUGCUCACAGGAAGUGAUUCGUUUUAUGUCGAGAUAGAGGAAGGUCAUAGCAACAUUGUGCUAGAAAAGUGAGACAGCCUCAGACAGGUUUGAGUGUAACUAAGAACAUAAGUAAUGAAUUUUACUGCUCACAAAACCUGGUUGUUCAGCAGUUUGACGGGAUACAUUCUUCUUUUCCCCCGCCCGCCCCUGUGCUGCAGGAUUAUACACACAAACACUCCCUCAGUCAGGUGCAUAUAAUAUUGCUUGACAGAGCCCAUUUUCAGAUGAAGGACCCAACAUACGAACAAAAGCGAUGCAACUUAAAAGGCUGCUAAACAGACCGUAUUCCCGCCUCCCAGCUCAGUGUAAUGUGUUACUGUGCAACAUCUGCAAUGCACAUGCAUUUCUAGCACAGGGGAUCAGCUUCACCUGAGGAAUCCACGGAGAUAAUUCACUUUACGCGCAGUUCUCUUGUUGAUUUAGUCGGCCGUGUAUGUUGUCCUUUGUCAAUGUGUUCAUUCUGCUGCUAACAACGUCAAAAUGUGAUACAGUUUUGUAAUAAAUGAGAGCGAGGGAGAGAUAAAGCGAGAUAAGAA